GAUUUAGUCGUUGUGGUCCUUGUUCACAUGUGGUCUUUAUUCACAGGGUCGAUUGAAACUUUGCAAAAUAUGCUAGUAGGAUUUUAACAGCUUUGGAAUCAUCUUGUGCAGUGAAUCGUAACCAUCUCACGCGUGCAUGCGUAAACUGAAGCUUACUGGGUUUAAAGUGAGCUUCACCGCCGGCAUGAGGUUUUCAAAACUGAGUUAUCUGAUUGGUUCAGCUGUGCUGAUAUCAAUUGUGUACAUCAUGUACAAAUCCCAGACGCAACCAAUCACUGCCGCGAAUGUUUGCACGCAAGACCCACUAGCCCAUCAAAAGUCGCCGAAUCUCCAGGGCUCAUUUUCAGCGGAACGGCGUUCGGCGGUCCACGAACAGAGCUUUCAACCCAUGGUAAUUCCUCAAGAGAGGGACGCGUCUUUUGAUUAUAAGGCCGCUAUGCAGGCGCUUAACGAGGCCAAGGUCAGUCAUGAUGACCCGCGAUUGAUUCGGCUGAUUCGGGAUUACUACAUUGAGCCUCCGUCUCUGGAGCCAUACAAUCUUACUAAGCCGGAAAGGCUUGACCCUUCGAGCGGACAGGCGCCUUUCAUCGACAGCAGGCUCAAUUUUAUGGAGGGAGGUUUCUACGUUGAAUGUGGAGCUUUAGAUGGCGAGGAAAGCUCAAACACUCUGUUCUUCGAAAAGGUCCGCAAAUGGAACGGACUGUUGAUUGAGGCCGAUCCAUCAAACUACCAGGAUAUGAAGUCCAAACAUCGAAAAGCUUUCACUAUCAACGCCUGCCUGAGUAUUCAACCCUACCCGACCAUGGCGAAGUUCCAGAAAGCGUUAAACAUGGGCCGCAUUGUAGACAACAGCGAAGCGAAAGCGUGGGUCGUUGCAAAUAGGAUGAAGCCGGACGAAGUAUCCGUCCAGUGCUUCCCAAUGUACUCAUUGUUGCUAGCGAUGAACCAGCUCGAGGUGGAUUUCUUCAGCCUCGAUGUCGAGGGGGACGAACUUCGCGUUUUGCAGACAAUACCUUUCGAUAAGGUUGACAUAAAAAUGAUGACGAUCGAAUACAUACAUACAGUGGGAAAAGAACGGGGUCUUAAAAAUUUCGUGGAACCAAAGGGCUACGAUAGCCUUCUGCAGAUGUCGCGAUGGGAUUGGGGUGUUAAUGACAUCAUUGUUAGAAAGAAGGGCCUUAAGCAUUGGCCUUAAAGGUUGGGGUUGUAUGGGGAGAAGGGGGCUUUAUGGCUUGAUAUUUUGUUUUGGGUCGGGGGCUCGGGUGUUAUUCAGGGGGAAGGGGCCGGUUUGUUAUUUUCGGAGUGGCAUUAGUAAGAAGGGUCUUCAUCAUUAGGGUUAAGUUUUUGGUUUGUGUUAUGUCUUACAACUCAUUUUUUGGAUUUUUUAUGGUGUAGGGUCAGUGAUUAAAUAAAGUAAUUGUUCUGCAUUAAUUGGAAUGGGAAGGGGUAAGUGAUUGAUCUGCAGAGCCAGACACAAUCAUCAGCUUCAUGAAAGGUCGUAGGAAACUAGAUUGGUUGGGAGGAGUAUAUGGGUCAAUAAUAAAAGAAAGUCUAUGCCCUGGUGAUUAAUGUUUAUAUUCUUACUGUAGUAUGAAUCGUGGGGACAAAAUAUUCCAUUCUUAAUGUUGUACAAAUUGUUCGUGUGACUCAACCAUGUAUUCUUCGUGUAGUAUGCAUCGUUGAGACAAAAUAUUCCAUUCUUAAUGUUAUACACAUUGUUGAUGUGACUCAACCUUCCAUUCUUAAUGAAGUAUACGUCGUGGGGACAAAAUAUUCCAUGCUUAAUGUUAUACAAAUUGUUGGUAUGACUCAACCUUUCUUCAUUCUUAAUGUAGUAUACAUCGUGGGGACAAAAUAUUUCGUUCUCAAUGUUGUAUAAAUUGUUGAUGUGACUCAAUCUUUUAUUCGUAAUGUAUUAUGCAUCGCGGGGACUAAAUAUUCCAUUCUCAAUGUUUGAUAAAUUGUCGAGACUCAACAUUCCAUUCUGAAUGUUGUAUUUAGUGCUGUGGUGACUCAAUUUUCCAUUCUUAAUGUUGUACUUAUUUGUGGUUACUCAACAUUUCACCCCAUUCUUUAUGUUGUUUUUAAUGUGGGGACUCAACAUUCCAUUUUUAAUGUUGUACUACUUUCUGUGGUGACUCAACAUUCCAUUUCAAAUGUUGUAUUAAUUGCUGUGGUGACUGAACGUUCCAUUGUUUAUAUUGUAUUAAUUGCUGUAGAUAUAAGUGCCAUACGUUCUUAGAAACAUAAACCGUGUAUAUUAUGUAAGCAUUGAUGCCGAUCAUGCAUUAUGCCAUUUAUGUGACAUUUUUUAGCUCGACUUUUAUAUAUGAAAUAUAUAUAGUAGAGCUAUCCUACUCACCCCGGCCUCUGCGUGAGCGUGCAAAUGUUAGAGUUUGCGUAGCACACCAAAUAUUCCUAUGUCCCUUUACUUAUUGAAUACUUUUUUAUCAACAUGACCCAACCUAUAAACAAGAGCAGACAACUGUGUCAAGCAUUUUGUUAGAAUUAUGGCCCUUUUUCACUUAGAAUAUGCAUAUCAUUGAUAAAUCUAUGUUAAAGUUUGCGUACCACCUCAAAUAUUUUCAAUGUCCCUUGACAUAUUGCUUUAAUAUUUUGCAUACUUCUUUACCAACAUGACCCCAACCUAUAAACAAGAGUAGGCAACUCUAUCAAGACUUUUGUAAAAAAUAUGGCCCUUUUUCACUUAGAAUAUGCAUAUUAUUGAUAAAUCUAUGUUAAAGUUUGCGUACCACCUCAAAUAUGUUCAAUGUCCCUUGACAUAUUGCUUUCAUAUUUUGCAAACUUCUUUACCAACAUGACCCAAAUCUAUAAACAAGAGCAGACAACUGUAUCAAGCAUUUUGUAAGAAUUAUGGUCCUUUUUCCAUUUAGGAUAUGUAUAUUAUUGAUAAACCUAUGUUAAAGUUAGCGUACCACCUCAAAUAUUUUCAAAGUCCCUUGACAUAUUGCUUUCAUAUUUUGCAAACUUAUUAACCAACAUGACCCCAAUCUAUAAACAAGAGCAGACAAUUGUAUCAAGCAUUUUGUUAGAAUUAUGACCCUUUUCUGUCUUAUUGUCCCCUACCGGUUUCACCGGAGGGGAAUUAUUGUUUGCGCUCUCUGUGUGUCCGUCCGUGAGUCUGUGACUCUGUGACACUUUUCUGGAUCCUGCGAUAACUUGAUAAGUUCUUAAUAUUUUUUCAUGAAAUUUGAAACAUGGAUAGAUGGCAAUAUGGACAUUUUGCACGUCAUUUUAUUUUGUUCCUACGUCAAAAAUUCUGGUUGCUUUGGCAACAAAUAGACUAGAAAUACUGCUGAAAAUGGUGGUUUUCCGGAUCCUGCGAUAACUUUUAAAGUUCUUAAUAUUUUUUCAUGAAACUUGCAACAUGGAUAGAUGGCAAUAUAGACAGUAUGCACGUCAUUUUAUUUUGUUCCUACGUCAAAAAUUGUGGUUGCUAUGGUAUCAAAAAAUAAUAAUCUGAAAAUGGUGGAAUUUCUGACAAUGGUGGAGCCGGUAGGGGACCAUAUUGCUUGACAAUAGCACCGGUUUCACCCGAGGGGACUUAUAGUUUGCGCUCUGUGUGUCCGUCCGUGAGUCUGCGAGUCUGUCACACUUUUCUGGAUCAUGCGAUAACUUGAAAAGUUCUUAAUAUUUUUUCAUGAAACUUGAAACAUGGAUAGAUGGCAAUAUGGACAUUAUGCACGUCAUUUCAUUUUGUUCCUACGUCAAAAAUUCUGGUUGCUAUGGGACAAAUAGACUAGAAAUACUGCUGAAAAUGGUGGUUUUCUGGAUCCUGCGAUAACUUUUAAAGUUCUUAAUAUUUUUUCAUGAAACUUGCAACAUGGAUAUAUGGCAAUAUGGACAUUAUACACGUCAUUUCAUUUUGUUCCUACGUCAAAGUGUUGUUGCUAUGGCAACCAAAA